CGGCAGGAAAGGACUCCACAGCCCUUCCCAUCCCAUGUGUCCCCGGGAUCCGGGAGCAUCGAGCUCCACCCUCCCGCGUCCCUGUACCUACACCUGGUGUUUGGGCGUGCCUCAGUUUCCCAGCGGCAGGGCGUUGCGCCAGCCCCGCUCCUCCCCCUUUUUCCUUUUCCUCUUCCUCUUCGGGGCGUCGGUGGCCGCGCCUGGAGCUCCCGGAACUAAAAGCGGACCUCGGGCGGUGGGCCGCCGGGGGCCACGUCAGCGGGUGGCGGGGCUGUACGGGCACCAUGCGGCGGGGCGCGCUCCUGGCUUGCGCCCUGGCCGCCUACGCCGGGUACCUGGCGCUGGGCGCCCUGCUGGUGGCGCGGCUGGAGCGGCCUCAUGAAGCCCGGCUGCGAGCAGAGCUGGGGACGCUGCGGGAGCAGCUGCUGCGACACAGCCCGUGCGUGGCGGCUCACGCCCUGGACGCCUUCGUGGAGCGGGUACUGGCGGCCGGACGGCUGGGGCGCGCAGCGCUGGCCAACGCCUCGGGACCCGCCAACGCUUCGGAUCCUGCGUGGGACUUCGCCUCCGCGCUCUUCUUCGCCAGCACGCUAGUCACCACCGUGGGCUAUGGCUACACGACCCCACUGACAGAUGCAGGCAAAGCCUUCUCCAUCGUCUUCGCACUCCUGGGCGUGCCUGUCACCAUGCUACUCCUGACUGCCUCAGCCCAGCGCCUGUCACUGCUGCUCACCCACGCACCCGUGUCCUGGCUGAGCCUGCGCUGGGGCUGGCACCCGCAGCGGGCAGCCCGCUGGCACCUGGUGGCCCUGCUGGUGGCCAUAGUGGCUAUAUUCUUCCUGGUACCGGCUGCGGUCUUCGCCUACCUUGAGGAGGCCUGGAGCUUUCUGGAUGCUUUCUAUUUCUGCUUCAUCUCUCUGUCCACCAUUGGCCUAGGGGACUACGUGCCCGGGGAAGCCCCAGGCCAGCCUUACCGUGCCCUCUACAAGGUGCUUGUCACAGCGUACCUCUUCCUGGGCCUUGUUGCCAUGGUGCUGGUGUUGCAGACUUUCCGCCGUGUUUCCGACCUCCACGGCCUCACUGAACUCAUCUUGCUGCCCGAUCCGGACCCUGUCGGCCUCAGUCAGGAUGAGGAUGAUCAAGUGGACGUUCUGGACGCCCGGACAGAUUUGCAUCAGCACCUCUCUUCUGCCUCCCAUGCUAACUACGCCUCCAUCCCCAGGUAGCUGUGGCCCCGGACACACCUGGCCUGGGCUUGGGGCCCCACUGAAAUGUCCACACACACUCUCCUGUCUUUCCACAGAGCUCCACUAGGAGGCGAGGAGGAGCUGCUCUGCUCCUACGCCCUCCGCUCCUGGGUCACUGACAGACAUUUUCUCCUCCUUCCUUUUCUCCCAUUUCUUUUCAGUCUCUGACCACUGGGCUUUCUGACUUUGUUGGUGAGAGUGGUGGUUUAUACACGUUUUGUUUUGUUCUUGUUUUUCUGUGUCUCUCUCUUUCGUAGUUUUCUUCUGGGCUCUAGGCCUGGACUCCACUUCAGCCGCUGUACUGGUGGCUCUGACUGGCCAAAUGAUUUCCCCGUUCUGAACCUUGAUACCCUCAGUCAUCAGAUGCAAAGAAUAUUCAAACGCAUCCACAGACCUUUGCUUCUGUCCUGCUUCUCUGUGCUGAGCACAUGGUAAUAAUAGAUGUGGCUGGGGCUCUGCUCUUAUUGGGGUGACUAGCCAGUGAGGUGAACUGACUGACUUGUCCCUUGACAGUGACAAACUCCCGUGGGUGCCAGAAGAAGCAGAGUAGUCGGGACUGAGGAGUGGACCUGAAGUGUCCCUUUCCUAGAAAAGGGGAUAAGAACUAACCAAGAACUGCCAGUCAAGAGAAGAAAUUGUCCCUUCCUCUCAGGUGUCUGAGGGCCAUAGUAGCUGUGGGAAGAGGCCUGCAAUGGGCCAGCAUCUCCCUCAGUGACUUAACCAGCAAGGAACUGACCCAGGAUAUGAGCCCAGAGCCAAGUGGCACGAGAGGGGCAACUUAGCACAGUCCCCAUGGAGAUGCUGUCUGUUUACUGGGGCACUGACGGCAUUCCUGGGAGAGCCCUGUAACUAGGCCACGUUUUGCCAAUUCAUUUGGACAGCCACUCUACCUUUGGGACUCUGUGUCUGCUAAAUGCUGACCGUAAUAAUACUACUCCAAAAAGAUGACGCAACCAGGUGCAGCAGCAGGUGCCUGUAAUCCGAGCUGAGGCAGGAGACUUGAGGGUUCAAUAGCAGGAUGAGAUACACAGCAGGAGCCAGGUGAUCAAAUAAUUUAAGCAAUAUAAUAAUAAUAAUAACAACAACAAUAAUAAUAAUAACAAUAAUAAAUAUAAUCAAAAGAAUACAGUGCCAGGCUGAAGGGACAUGACAGUAGGCUAUAGAAGGACAUAUAACCCUUGGGGCUGGGACUUAUUUAUACAGUUAUAUCACUUAAAGAUUUUGACUGAAACUAACAAAACCCAGACUGACAUGACCUAAUUGUUACAUUGUAAUUGGACAGACACUCGGGGAGCAAGCACCCUGAGCGUGGUGCUCUGCACAGCCUUGGGGAAAGCAUGGUGGCCCUGGCUGUUUCUCUUCUCUCCACAGAAGACUUAGCUCUCAUAUGUGCUCUCCUCCAAAUGGCUCCCACAGACCCAGACAUCGAAACCACACGUUAUUUCUAGCACAAGCAAUAGAAACGUCGACCAGUAUACUGAGAAUGUUAAGGAAGGCGGGCUCAGUACCAAACCGCUCUAGAAAGUCACACAGGGGACCUGGGUGUGUUGGCAUACACCCAUCAUCCUAGCCCUGUGGAGGCUGAGACUGGAGAGUCCUCAGGCUAGGCUAGCCUGGGUAACUUGAUAACGACACCACAAAACUCCAAAGGGAGCUAGGGAUGAUCACAGUGGAGGAACAUGUCUACCUCAGGUGCUAAAGAAAACAGUUGACGAUUAUAGGUGCAGGGAAGACGGCUUAGCCAAGCAGGCUCAAAGACCUGAGUUUCUCCCCAGCCCC